UGACAUUUUGUCCGGGGACGAAUUGGGGAGUGACGUUUUGUCCGGGGCAUGUUGGGGAGUGACAUUUGGGUCAGACUUGGGAUAGGUGGAAGACAGGGGUCUUAUAAAAUGGGUAUAGACAGUAGAGCACCAUCUUGGACCCGGGGGUUCAUUGGAGUACCGUGUCGGGGCCCAGGGGACACUAGAGUCGGUGCAGGAGAAGUUGUAGACGGCUGGCAGGUGCAGUUGAAGUUGUAGAAGUCCGGCAGGAGCAGU